AUGAUUGAAGAAUAUUUAAAAAAAAGACAUUCAGAUGAAUCAUCUUCAGCAUCAUCUGCAGAAUCACUAUCAUCUUCAUCUUCAUCAAAUUCAUCAUCUAGAUCAAGAAGUUCAAGAAAACACUAAUUCAUAAAGAAAAAUCAAAAAUCAAUAAAAAUGUAGUCGAAAAAUUAAUUAUUAAAGACAUAUGCUUCAUUAGAUAAAAUGAAAUAGAAAUAUUUAUAGAAAAUAGGUUAUACUGAUUAAGACAAUCCUUAUGGUGAUAAAAAUUUAGCUAAAUCUUUAAUAUGGAAAAGUAAAUUAGAUGAAAAAGGUUUGAAUGGAAUAUCAGAGCAUGAUUUAAAAGAAAAAUUAGAUGAUAUGUUGAAAGAAAUAGAAAAAUUAAAAUCCUAAAGAUAGAAGAAAUAAGAGGAGAAAAUUAAAUUAGAAGAAGAGAAAAAUAGAUUAAAUAAAGAAAGAUAAAUGGAAAAUUAUAAAUAAUGGAUUGAUAAUGAAGAUGCUUUUUUUGAGAAAGUUGAAAAAUUAAGACCAUUGAUAAGAAUUCAAUAAUAAAGAGAACUUCCAUUUGAUAAAUUUGUAAGAAUAUGUUGUAUAUAUAAAGUAAUGAAAUAAUUUAUUUUAUUUAGGGUUAAAUAGGACAUCAAAAAUAAUUAGAAUAAAUUAUGCAUAAUCCUUCUUAAUUUAUUAAGAAUUUAGGACAUGAAGCAUAAAAAGUUAUUUUGAAUGAAUCAAAAAAAUAAUUUGCAAUAGAAAUAGAUAAUAAAAGUAAUUUUUAAGAUUAUUGGGCAUCUAUAAUUUCAAUUGCAUAAGCAGAAGUAGAAUGGAGAGAAUAAAGAGAAAAAGAUCCAAAAUGUCCAAAGUUUGGAAUUCAAAGUGAAUUUAAAUAGGAUAUAAAGAAAAUGUUUUAAGGUAAAUCAAGAGAAGGAUUAGAUGAAUUAGAAGGAGAAAUAAAUUAAAUGUUAAAUUAUGGAGCUGAAUAUAAAAUAGAUUUUGAUUAUUGGGAAAAGAUAUUAAAAAAAUUAAAAGUUAUUAAAGCAAAAACUAUAUUAAAAAAUUAUUAUGAAGUAUUUUGUAAAGAAUUAAAAUACAAAAGUAUGAGAUAAGAUAAUUAAUUGGUAUUGGAUGUAGGAAUAAAUACAAAAGAUAUAUAAAUUAAUGUAGAAAGAAAUGCAACUGAAAAAUAACAUUAUUAAAUUGAAAUUUAAGAAUAAACUGAAUAUGAAUGUGUUAGUCCAGAACCAGUAGAUUGUGAUGAUUAUAUAUUGGAAAAUGAUGAUUUAAAAUAAUUAACAGAUUAAAGAGUAACAAUUUUAACAGAAUUUUUAAAUAAUGCAAAAGUAGAAUUAGAAAAAUAAUAAUUGAAGAAGAAAAAAGAAAAGGAAAAAGAGAAAGAAAAACAUAUAGGAAAGUAAAAUAAAUUACCUGAUUUUUCUAUACCAAAUAAUAGAAAAUUAGAAGACAUAGUUGAAGGUUUAGAUAUAUUAGCUCAAUAAAUGUUUGAAUAUGAAAGAUCAAAACCUUUAGAAGAAGAUGAGGUUUAUUUUAAUGAGGUGGUACCAUAAAGAUAAGAGCCAUCUUGGGGUUAAAAAUAUAAAUUAAAACGUCCUUAAUAUUUCAACAGAGUUAAGAUGGGUUUUGAUUGGAAUAUGUAUAAUAAAACUCAUUAUGAUGUUGAUAAUCCACCUCCUAAGACUAUUUAAGGAUAUAAAUUUAAUGUUUUCUAUCCAGAUUUAAUUGAUAAAACUUAAGUAUUAUUUAUAUAAUAUUUUAGGCACCUAAAUAUACAUUAGAAACAUGUGAAAAUCCAGAUUAUUGUAUUAUUAGAUUUAUAGCUGGUCCUCCUUAUGAAGAUUUAGCAUUUUAAAUUUUAUGCAAAGAAUGGGAUUACUCAGAUCGUAUGGGUUUCAAAUCAGUCUUUUCAAGGGGAAUACUUCAUUUAUGGUUUAAUUUUAAGAAACCUCGUUAUAGGAGAUGA